AUGGGCAGGAAGUUCAGUGGGCUGGAGCUCACCCUGAUUGCCCUCUUCACCCUGGUCACUGUCAUCGCCUGUGUCCUCAUUGGGCUGCUGGCCACGGGGCAACCCGGAGUCAAAUCUCCAGACUUUUACCCACAAUGUCAGAAUACACCAGUAGCAGAGAGAAUUGACUGCAUCCCAGAUCAACUAGCAACACAGAGCACCUGCUCCCUCCGUGGCUGCUGCUGGAGCCCCCAGAGCGACGCCAAUGUUCCCUGGUGCUUCUUCUCCCGCAAGCACGGCUACCAAGUGCGGGGCUCCCAGAGAUCCACCAGGGCAGGGUUUGAGGCCACGCUGGACAGGCUGCCAUCCCCUUCCCUCUUCGGGAAUGACAUCCAGACCGUGCUGCUCACGGCGGAGUAUCAGACGAACAACCGCUUCCGAUUCAAGAUCACUGACCCUAACACUCGAAGGUUUGAGGUCCCCCAUGAGCACGUGAAGCCCUUCGAGGGAUCCAUGGCUUCCAACCCCAACUACAAGGUGGAGCUGAAGCAGAACCCCUUCGGCCUCGUGGUGACCAGAGCCAGCAAUGGCAAAGUGCUGUUUGACACCACCAUUGGGCCCCUGCAGUACGCUGAGCAGUUCCUGCAGCUCUCCAUCAAACUGCCCAGCAGCAACAUCUACGGCGUGGGCGAGCACGUGCACAAGCAGUACAGGCACGAUGUCAACUGGAAAACCUGGCCUCUCUUCAGCAGGGACACUGGCCCCUCUGCAGCAAUGGAUAACUUGUAUGGAACCCAUACUUUCUUCCUGUGUUUGGAAGACAACACUGGAGCAUCCUUUGGUGUUUUCCUGAUGAACAGCAAUGCCAUGGAGUUUGUGGUACAGCCUGCUCCAGCAGUGACCUACAGAACCAUUGGAGGCAUCCUGGAUUUCUACAUCUUCCUGGGGAACACUCCAGAGCAAGUAGUCCAGGAGUACCUGCAGCUUGUGGGACUGCCAGCACUGCCUGCCUACUGGAACCUGGGAUUCCAGCUGUGCCGCUAUGGAUACGCCUCCCUGGAUGAGGUGAAGGAGGUGGUGGAGAGGAACAGAGCUGUUGGACUGCCCCACGAUAUCCAAGUCAUUGAUAUUGAUUAUAUGGAGAACAGGAAAGAUUUUACUUAUGACAAAGUGAAAUUCAAAGACCUCCCUAAAUUUGCAGCUUAUUUGCAUGAGCAUGGACAAAAAUAUAUCAUCAUAUUGGAUCCUGCUAUUAGCACCCAAAAAAUGGCUGAUGGAAGUCCCUAUGGAAGCUAUGUCAGGGGAACAGACAGAAAUGUCUGGGUUAAUGAGUCAGAUGGAACAGCACUGGUUGGGGAGGUGUGGCCAGGGGAAACUGUGUUCCCAGACUACACCAGCCUCGAGGCCACGAACUGGUGGGCGAACGAGUGCAAACUGUUCUAUGACAUGGUGCCCUAUGAUGGAAUAUGGAUUGACAUGAAUGAAGUGUGCAACUUUGUUCAAGGCUCAAAAAAAGGUUGUGCAGACAAUGAGUUAAACUACCCUCCUUACACUCCCAGGAUCCUCGACAGAGUCAUGUACUCCAAGACACUUUGCCUGGAUGCAGUGCAGAGCUGGGGCAAGCAAUAUGAUGUCCACAAUCUUUAUGGAUAUUCCAUGACCCUAUCCACUAGGAAAGCCAUUGAGGUGUUGUUCCCAGGAAAGAGAAGCUUCCUCAUCUCGAGGUCCACUUUUGCAGGAUCAGGAAAGCACGGGGGACACUGGCUGGGGGAUAAUGCAGCCACGUGGGACCAGCUGAAAUGGGCAAUCCCUGGAAUGCUGGAGUUCAACCUCUUUGGAAUUCCUUAUGUUGGAGCAGAUAUUUGUGGUUUCAGUGAAGACACCACAGAAGAACUUUGCAGACGAUGGAUGCAAGUGGGAGCAUUUUACCCAUUUUCCAGGAACCACAACGGUGAACAUGUCAUACAUCAAGAUCCAGCUGUGUUUGGACCCAACUCCUUGCUGGUGAACAGCUCCAAGCAUUACCUGAACAUUCGCUACACUUUGCUGCCCUACCUGUACACGCUUCUCUACAAAGCUCACACCCAAGGGGACACGGUCACGAGGCCACUGCUCCACGAGUUCUACUCGGAUGAAAUAACGUGGGACAUCGACAGGCAGUUCCUGUGGGGCCCUGGGCUGCUGAUUUCCCCUGUUCUUGAGCCGGGUGUGGAGUCCACUCGUGUGUACUUUCCUGAUGCAGAGUGGUAUGAGUAUGACACGGGUGAACCAAUGCAACUGAAGAAAGUAUGGCAAAACAUACCAACCCCAGGAGACAAAAUGGGGCUGCACCUGAGAGGAGGAUACAUUUUCCCUACUCAGAAACCAAACACCACCACAGUGGCAAGCCGCAAGAAUCCAUUGGGACUCAUAAUUGCCUUGGAUAUCAACAAUGAAGCUUCUGGGGAUUUGUUCUGGGAUGAUGGAGAAUCCACAGAUACAAUUGACAAGAAAGCCUACAUUUACUAUGAGUUUAAAGUUUCCAACAAUGCUCUACAAAUGACUGCUACACACAGCAAUUAUGCUGAUCCAAACAACCUGAAAUUUGAGGAAAUCAAGAUACUGGGAUUGUCCAAGGAAAUAGCAUCAGUUUCUGUGUCUCAGAACAAUGUUGUGCAAGAUUAUACUGCUGAUAUCACCUACGAUCCUGCAACAAAGGUUGCUGUUAUAAAAGGACUUCAGCUUGAACUGGGAAAAUCUUACACAAUCAAAUGGACUCUAAAUAUGAAUAUCAAUGAAAGAUUUGAUUGUCAUCCCAGCCCUAAUGCAACAAAAGAAAAAUGUCAACAACUUGGCUGUUCCUGGGAAGAGACAUCAAAUCCAGAUAUUCCUUCCUGCUACUACAGCUCCAGCAAUCCUUACCUUGUAGACAAGGUUGAUUAUUCCUCCAGUGGAAUUGUAGCCACCCUCACCUUGGAUGACUCCAGGGUCAGGGCCAGGGCUAACGAUGCUUACACUGCCCCAAUCAGCACCCUGCGCCUGGAGGUGAAAUACCAUCACAACAACAUGCUGCAGUUUAAGAUCUAUGACUAUGCAAACCCACGGUACGAGGUCCCCGUGCCCCUGAACCUCCCCAGCUCCCCCACGAGCUCGAGCCAGGACCGGCUCUACGACGUCUCGCUCCAGAUCAAACCCUUCGGGAUCCAAGUGCGCCGCAGGAGCACGGGCACGGUCAUCUGGAGUUCAGGCCUGCCCACCUUCACCUUCAGUGACAUGUUCAUCCAGAUUUCCACCCGCUUGGCGUCCCAGUACAUCUAUGGGUUCGGAGAAUCGGAGCAUCCCAGCUUCCGACACAACAUGAGCUGGCACACCUGGGGAAUGUUCACCAGGGACCAGCCUCCAACUUACAAGUUGAAUUCCUAUGGUGUUCAUCCAUUUUAUAUGGCUCUUGAAGAAGAUGGCAAUGCCCAUGGAGUUCUCUUGCUUAACAGCAAUGCAAUGGAUGUGACUUUCCAGCCCACCCCUGCCCUGACCUAUCGCACCAUCGGAGGAAUCCUUGACUUCUACAUGGUUUUGGGCCCGACCCCCGAACUCGUGGUUCAGGAAUACACCGAGCUGAUUGGGCGCCCAGUCAUGCCACCCUACUGGUCCUUGGGAUUCCAGCUGUGCCGCUAUGGAUACGCCAAUGACCAGGAGGUCGCCCAGCUCGUGGAGGAAAUGAAGGCAGCUCGAAUUCCCCACGAUGUCCAAUAUGUAGAUAUUGACUACAUGGAAAGGAACCUGGACUUCACCCUUUCCCCACGUUUUGCUGGAUUACCGGCUCUGAUCAACAAAAUCAAAGCAGAAGGAAUGAGAUUUAUCAUUAUCCUGGAUCCAGCCAUUUCUGGGAAUGAAACCAAUUAUCCUGCCUUCACCAGAGGUGUGGCUGAUAAUAUCUUCGUACAAUGGCCUGAUACCAAAGAAAUUUUGUAUUCCAAGGUCUGGUCUUUUCUUCCCAAUGUCCAAAUCAAUGAGUCACUGCCUCAUGAAGACCAAGUAGAGAACUACGUGUCCCAUUGUGCUUUCCCAGACUUCUUCCGCAAUUCCACAUUGGAGUGGUACAAGAGGGAAAUCCUGGAGGUCUACAACAAUCCUGACCCUUCAAAAAGCCUCAAGUUUGAUGGCCUGUGGACUGACAUGAAUGAACCAGCAGCUUUUAUGAAUGGCGCCAUGGGUGGCUGCAGAAACAACCUCCUAAAUUAUCCCCCCUACAUGCCUUAUUUGGGAUAUAGGUCAACAGGAUUAAUCCACAAAACUCCAUGCAUGGAAGGUCUGCACUACCUCCCAGACGGGACCCCAGCCAGACACUACGAUGUCCACAGCCUUUACGGAUGGUCCCAAGCCAGACCCAGCCUGCUGGCUUUGCAAGGUGCCACCAAGGAGCGCGGGAUCAUCAUCAGCCGCUCCACGUACCCCAGCAGCGGGAGAUGGGUGGGACACUGGCUGGGGGACAACACGGCAGCCUGGGACCAGCUGCACAAAUCCAUUAUUGGCAUGAUGGAGUUCAGUCUCUUUGGAAUAUCUUAUACAGGAGCUGAUAUCUGUGGCUUCUUCAAAGACUCACAGUAUGAGUUGUGUGUCCGCUGGAUGCAGCUGGGUGCAUUUUACCCAUAUUCCAGGAAUCACAACGAGAAAGGAACACGGAGGCAAGAUCCUGCUUCCUGGGAUGACAAAUUUAAAGAGAUGUCCAGGGAUGUGCUGAACAUAAGAUACACCCUGUUACCUUACCUCUACACCUUGCUGUACGACGCCCACGCCCACGGCAGCACCGUGAUCCGCCCCAUUCUCCACGAGUUUGUGGGAGACAGGACCACGUGGGACAUCGACGAGCAGUUCCUCUGGGGGCCUGCCCUGCUCAUCAGCCCUGUGAUGAGAGAGAAUGAUCGGAGCGUGAGGGCGUAUUUCCCCGAUGCCCGCUGGUACGAUUACUACACAAACGCAGACACUGGCUUUAGGAAACAAUUCCAAAAUCUAUCUGCUCCUUUGGAGCACAUCAACCUGCACAUCCGAGGUGGAUACAUCCUGCCUUGGCAAACACCUGCUACUACAACUGCUUACAGCCGGAAAAACCCGAUGGGACUCACGGUGGCCCUGGAUGAUUCCCUGCUUGCAGCAGGACACCUUUAUUGGGAUGAUGGAGUUCGCAUCGAUGCAUAUGAAGAUGGUGUUUACCUGCUGACAUCAUUUACUGCUAAGCAGAAUGUUCUGGAGAUCAGAGUCACACAUCAGAAUUACACGGACCCAAACAACCUCAUGUUCACCGACAUCAAGGUCCUGGGCGUGCCCAACAGUGUCACUCAGGUGACAGUGUCACAGGGCGGGGCAGCAAUCCCAUCAACCCACAAGGUUGCCUAUAACAGCAACAAAAAGCUCCUGGAAAUCACCAAUCUCCAGCUGAAACUGGGCCAGAGCUACACCCUGCAAUGGAGCUAG